AUGUUCGGACCCUUUUCCAACAAUACAGAGGACAAAACCAAGUUUAAGUCAUGGGAGCCAAAAAUAACAGCUUAUAGGAAGGCUCUUGAAGAUGGACUUCCAGCCGACUAUAAGCUUUCAGAUGAUCUCUUACCAAAAGAUUUAGAUUCUGGUGUCAAUGUAACCCAAAUUCCAUUAAAAGCUUUAUCAGAAUCUGAACUUGAUAUUACUGAAUCAAGCGCUUGCGUGCUUACAAAAAGGCUCGCUAAUGGCGAACUUACUGCUGUUGAAGUUUUCAAGGCCUUUGCAAAGAGAGCCACAAUUGCUCAUCAAUUGACUAAUUGUGCAAUGGAGAUAUUCAUUGAUGAGGGUUUAAAGAGAGCACAGGAACUUGAUGAUUACUUUGCGAAGACGGGAAAAACUGUAGGAAUUCUUCAUGGUUUGCCAGUCUCUUUGAAAGAGCACUAUAAUUAUAAAGGAAAAGUAACUCAUGGAGGAUAUGUCUGCUAUCUUGACAAUGUUACAGAAGAAUGGUGCACGACUGUGGAAUUAUUGAAGGAUGCGGGUGCUGUGUUCUUCAUUCGUACCACAGAGCCUCAGAGUUUAAUGCAUUUAUGUUCCCUGAACAACAUUACAGGUUCUUGUAGGAAUCCGCACAAUACAUCAUUAACCCCAGGUGGCUCAUCUAGUGGAGAAGGUGCAAUUGCUGCUAUGAAAGGAAGCGUCUUUGGUUUAGGGAGUGAUAUUGGUGGAUCUAUAAGAUGUCCUGCAGCAUUUUGCGGUGUAUGGGGUUUGCGCCCAACUCAGCAAAGAUUAUCAAUGAAAAACGUCCUUUGUGCAGCUGAAGACAGCGUACAAGAGUCUGUGUCAUGUGUGCUUGGGCCCUUGGCUCGUUCAGGAGAGGACAUCGAUUUGUUUAUGAAAGCUAUUAUAGAUGGUGAACCCUGGAAAAGAGAUGCUUGCGCUCUUCCAAUUCCUUGGAGAGAUGUAUCUCGGCCUGACGCGAAAUCUUUGAAGGUUGCAAUCUGUUAUGAUGAUGGUCUUGUUAAACCAUCUCCUCCCAUAUUAAGAGCUUUGAGAAACGCUGCGGAAAAACUUGCUGCUGCGGGUGUAACAGUGGUGGAUUGGAAGCCAAUUAAUGUAAAAAAGAUUGUCGAGGCAUGCGCUUCAAUGUAUAAUGCAGAUGGAAACUUCGCACAGAAGAGAGCGCUAGCUGAAUCUGGGGAACCUUUAUUACCUUUAACAAAAGUAGCUUUGUCCUUCGGUUGUGGUGAUGAUGGCGUUAGCGUCGCUAAAAAUCAGGAACUUAAUGGAAUUAGAGAUUCUGGACGUCAAGAUUAUUUCAGUGAGCUUAACAAACAAGGCAUUGACUAUAUUCUUUGCCCAACUUAUGCUUCAGUUGCAGCAAAGCCAUCUACAGUCAAGUAUUGGGGAUAUACCAGUCUUUGGAAUAUUUUAGACUAUCCUAAUGUCGUGUUCCCAACAGGACUCAAAGUGGAUCCAAAACUCGACGUUGUGGAUUCAGAAUAUAAACCACGUAAUGACUAUGAGGCUUAUGAGUACUCUUUGUAUACAGAUCCAAAGGACUUCAAAGACGCACCUAUUGGAUUGCAGCUCACUGGAAGACGUUAUUUUGACGAAGAACUCGUCAAGGCUUCUCAAGUCAUUGCCAAAAUCAUCCAAGACGAGUAA